GACUCUCCAAAGUAUUCUACAAUGUCCAAGAGAUGGAAUAAAUAAAAAAAAAUCAAUCAAUCAAAAGCCAAAUAAUUAUUUUUUUUUGGAUUGAUUCAUUUUUCCAACCACACUUUGAGUUUUUGUUUCUCCCAGAUGAAUCGCGCCGUUUUGCAGAGCUCUCCGGUGCAGCCGUCGAUGAUGGUUUCCGGUGACCGGAACCCUAGCUGCUGGUGGAACAAUAUCAAUACAUCUUCACUCCCACCUCAACCUUUUCCUUUUCAUAGUAAUAAUAAUUUCUUUACUUCCCCUCCAAACCUAAUUUUCCCUCACCAGCUCCUCCCUCCCACGCCGCCGCCGCCGCCGUCAACAGCCGUCGCCUCAUCUUGGCAUGGGGAAUUCAAUUAUCAGGAUCAGCUUCCUCCAGCCGAGUCAUGGAGCCAACUUCUCAUGGGAGAUGAAGAAGAUAAAUCUGGAUUAGGGAAGAAGUUGGAGAAUUGGGAAGAACAUGCAUCAAAUAACUUGGUUUAUGAGCAUGGAUCUAAUAAUAAUAAUAAUUGGUCACAAAUGAUAUUAUUGUCUAGUCCAAAAUCUUCUUCUUGUGUCACUAAUAACUCCAUGAGCAACAACAAUAUGUUGAAUUUCUCUUCCAACAAGCCUAUCGAAAUUUCUCGACCACCGCCCAAUCGCUCAAUCGAGUGUAACAACACAUCCAUUGGUGGGGUAGCUAAGAAAGCUAGGGUUCAGCCUUGUUCAACACAGGCCACAUUCAAGGUGAGGAAGGAGAAAUUAGGGGAUAGAGUUACUGCCCUUCACCAGAUAGUUUCACCUUUUGGAAAGACUGACACAGCAUCUGUCCUGUUAGAAGCUAUUGGAUAUAUUAGAUUCCUUCAGGGUCAAAUUGAGGCCCUAAGCUUGCCUUACUUUGGAAAUGAAGUAGGAACCAUCAAGAACCAACACCCUAUCCACCAACUCCAAGGGGAGAGAAACAGCUUGUUUCCUGAUGAUCCUGGUCAGCUGUUAAAUGACCAUUGUACCACAAAAAAGAGAAAAGGAGCUCCUUCUCAUCAGGGUGAAUCUGAUGAAGAGGCAAUAAUAAUAAAUAAGAAGGAUCUGAAGAGCAGGGGUCUAUGUCUGGUGCCAGUAUCAUGCACAAUGCAAGUGGAGAACAACAACAUUAUUAAUGGUGCGGAUUAUUGGACCUGCAAUUUCCAACAGAACUAGAUGAUCAAUUCUCUUUUAUAUAUUAUGGGGGGAAUUAAUAUUUCAUAGCUAGAUCUAGCUAGGUUGUUUAUUAAUUAAUUGUUCAUCAAGAAAAUUUAUUAUUAUAUAACAUCAUGAGCACUCACUCUUAUGACUUGUUUCAAGGCUGAUUGCUCUUGAUGCUAUAUGCAUGCAUGCUUCUUGAUGAGAAUUAAUUAACAAUUUAUGACAUAUCUUGUAAUAUCCUUAUUAUUAUCAUUUGCACGACUUGAU